CACUGAUAUUUAUUUUACUUGUGUUCUUUGUUACAUUUCCAAAUGAUUGCUAUGUAUUUCAGUGUCUGGCAUUUUUGUCUCCUUUCCCGAAACAGAUAGGAGUUCCGUUCGGUUCGGAUCUCAUGGAGGAUACGUAUUUAAUAGAGUUUUUCGAACCAUGCGGCCAUAAGUUUUUGUCUUAUUUUACGCCAACGUUUUAGUUAGGGCUACUGGGUUUACAAUGGAAGCUAACGGAUCGUGUUGCUGCUGCUUGCUGCGUCCGCCGGACAGGGGCAUGAGUACGCCGUACAUGCGCCUGGGCGUUACGGAGAUAUACUCUGAUAUGCUCGCUGAUUGCUUCGAUAUAAAAGUAAUAAUUUGCAGCAAUGAGAGUGGCAUUUGCUCUGUGUGUGUUAACUGUCUGUUAGAUGCGAGUGACUUCAAAAAACAAGUGCAGUGCAGCCAGGCACAACUGCAGGAGCGCAUUGAUGCUCUACUGGAUAUAAAAGAGGAAGAAAUAGAAUUGGAGACAACAGAAGGUGAUGGUAUGAUAUUAUAUGAGCCGCCCAAGUUGGAGGUGGAAGAUGAGUCGAACGAUUAUGAUUAUGACACGGUUCUUACAUACGACGAUGACAAAAAGUGUGAGCCAGGGUCGCCUUUAAAAGCAGAAAUUGCGGGAGCAAGUUAUUCCGACAGCUUCGAGUCUUGUAGCCACGACGACGCGAGCGAGGGCCAGGAAACAACUAGCCGUCGACCUAUUCUCACAAAGCGUGCGAACCAAUCACACGCUGCAUCAAGAAAAAAUACAAAGGAAAAUACUUCUAGGGUCCGCAAUGAAAUGAAAACGCGCAACGCACACCAAUUUGAGAAAGAAUCUGAGACAUUCAAACAUCAACGUAGCAAAGUCAAAUCCGCAAAGAAAUCCAAACCAUAUAAUGAUUAUAGACAUAUUAGCUCAACGGGACCAUACACUUGUAAGAUCUGUAACGUGGUAAUAACCACCAAACGUUCUAUGGCAUGCCAUAUGGCAAUUCACACCGAACCUAAAUCUGAAAUACGCGAAGACAAUACGUGGGACUGUGACAAGUGUGAUAAGAUAUUUUUUACAAAAAGAGCCAUGACUAGCCAUAUGCAAAAUGUACACUCGAAAAAGAAAUUCAAAUGCGACGUGUGCUCGAAAUUAUUUAGAACUAUUUGGCAGAUGAAUAACCAUAAAGUGAUACAUACUGAACGGGAAAAGAAUUAUUGUUGCGACAUAUGUGGAAAGCGGUUUCCACUAAAUACAGCUCUCGUUAGGCACAAACAGGGUCACACAGGAGACAAACCGUUCACGUGCGAUAUUUGUCAAAAGAAAUUCCUGUAUAAACGUAGCGUGAAAGAGCAUAUUUAUACCCACAUGGGCCUUAAGCUUUAUACUUGCAAUAAAUGUGGAAAACAAUUUGUUACUUUGUCGGGGUACCAACGGCAUAACUUAAUUCACCAUGUUCGAAAGAAUACUACCAUAAAAAGAACUUUUCCAUGUGAAAUAUGCAAUAAGCAGUUUAAGCAUAAGCACCAUCUAAAGAGACAUAAGCUAUUGCACACAGGCGAGAAACCAUACGAAUGUGAAACAUGCGGGAAGCAGUUUUCUGGUAAAUCUUAUUUGAGGACCCACAUGCACAUCCACGUCAAGGGGACUUAUUCCUGUGAUGUUUGUCCUAAAACAUAUGCGACCAAAGAGAGCUUGAGGCAACACAAAAGAGUUCAUUCUAGAGUGAAAGUUGUAAAAAUGAAACUUAAAAAAAGUAAAUAACAAAUGAUAUUUUUCAUAGAUAAAUGUUCAUCAUGUGAACGAUUUCAACAACUUUAUCUUUAUUGUAAGGUGUUAAUUAAGUUUAUGUCAUGGAAAGUAUCUAUAAUAAACACUUCUAAACGGG